GGAAAGGUGCGUUAGUGCUACCAACCUGGAACUGGUGUAUGGUACAUGCGUGACUAGAACAAACAACAAGCUGCGUCGCAGUCUACUUCUAACGACCGACCCAUCCUCGUGUCUCAGCUGAAGCAGCAGAAAUGGAGAACCUGCAGGAGUUGAUCCCCUUCGCCAGAGAGAUGUUGAGUCAAAAACCCAGGAGGGGUCUGCUGAAGGUCUACCUGGUGGGCUCGGUGUUUGCAGUGCUGGGGACGGUCAUCGGGCUGGUUGAAACCGUGUGCCACCCCUUCUCCUCUGGUGAGCCAAUGGACGCAGAGAUGCUCCUCAUGUUGGCCCGGGAGCAGAGAACUGUUGAGGCUGAGAUGCAGCACAGUGUGGGGGGGCAGGAGGAGGAGGAGGAGGAGGAGGAGGGGGAGAAGGAGCUGGCUCAUGAAAAGGGAGCCGCGACCCAGACCGUGACCAUCUCCAAGACUCAUGGACUCAGCCAGCGAAGCUUGGCCAACCGGCUGCACGCCUCCUAAAGCCACAGGGGUCAUCCUUGAGUGACUUAAAGAUAUUUAUUAGGGAACUGCUCCUGCCACACCACUGAGCUGUGCAAUACACACACAGUCUGAAGCUUUAUUUGAGAAGUGCCUGAGCUUCCUGCCAUUCUGUGCUGCUUGUUAAUGAUGCCUUCAAGUGCUGUUGGAAAUGUUCCUUUGAGCAUUGGGCACACAUGAAAGACCCCUGAAGCCCCCCCUCAGUGCCAACCUGGAAGAGUUGAGACUUUUUAACAGGAACAUUACUAUCAGAGAGCAGAGAAAUCAUGUCAGUGAUACAGUAUGCGGUGUAAGUGAAGUGUACAUUAACUCGGCCGGGGCGAUGAUUUUGUGGUUCCACGGGGAUCCUCCCCUUGGUUCUCCUGGGUUCCACAGUUAAAGCAGGAAUUGUUGUUAUGUUUACUUGAAAAAUAGUCCUUAUAGAAAACAG